UUUGUGGCAGAGGCCAUGACUAGAUGUUUACUUUGCUCUCUAUUUCUCAGGAGGGAUUUCUAUAAGAUUCUGGGGGUGUCCCGCAGUGCAUCAGUAAAAGACAUUAAAAAGGCCUAUCGGAAACUGGCUUUGCAGCUUCAUCCGGACCGCAACCCUGACGAUCCGCGAGCGCAAGAAAAGUUCCAGGAUCUGGGAGCUGCCUAUGAGGUGCUCUCAGACGAGGAGAAGAGAAAGCAGUAUGAUACCUAUGGCGAGGAGGGAUUGAAGGAUGGUCACCAGGGUUCCCAUGGAGACAUCUUCUCACACUUCUUUGGGGAUUUUGGUUUCAUGUUUGGAGGAAGUCCUCGUCAGCAAGACAGGAAUAUUCCACGAGGAAGUGACAUCAUUGUGGACCUGGAAGUGACACUGGAGGAAGUGUAUUCAGGAAACUUUGUGGAAGUUGUUAGGAACAAGCCGGUGGCCAGGCAGGCUCCUGGCAAACGGAAAUGCAACUGCCGGCAAGAGAUGAGGACCACGCAGCUAGGCCCCGGGCGGUUCCAGAUGACACAGGAAGUUGUCUGUGAUGAGUGUCCCAAUGUCAAGCUGGUGAAUGAGGAGCGAACACUGGAGGUAGAGAUCGAGCCGGGCGUGAGGGAUGGCAUGGAGUACCCCUUCAUCGGGGAAGGUGAGCCCCACGUGGACGGGGAGCCAGGUGACUUACGCUUCCGAAUCAAAGUUCUCAAGCACCCGGUCUUUGAAAGGAGAGGGGAUGAUUUGUAUACGAACGUCACUAUCUCGCUGGUCGAGGCUCUGGUAGGCUUUGAAAUGGAUAUUGCCCAUUUAGAUGGGCACAAGGUUCAUGUUGCCCGAGAUAAAAUCACAAAACCUGGGGCCAAACUGUGGAAAAAAGGAGACGGUCUUCCAAACUUCGACAACAACAACAUCAAAGGCUCGCUGAUCAUUACUUUCGAUGUGGACUUCCCCAAAGAGCAGCUGACCGACGAGCAGCGGGAAGGUCUGAGGCAGCUGCUGAAGCAAGGCUCUGUGCAGAAGGUGUACAACGGACUGCAGGGCUACUAACCCCCCUGCCUGGACUGGCUCGCAAAGGAACCCUGAACCCAGCCGUAUCUCUCGGCCGGCUCCUCUUCCGCCCCUCGGGGAAUGAGGCGGCGGGAGGGUGGAGCGACGACGGUCCAAGCGUGUUUGCGAAGGGUGAAGGUGUUCACGUGGUUUCCUGUUGCAGGGCGUAGCGGGUGCUGCCUAUAGUUCCUGGGACUGGUGCAGGGAGCAAAGCCCCCGAGCAAACGAGUGGGGGCGUGGGGGUGUUCAACUCAGUGCAAAUUGGAAUGUCUGGUUUUUAAAUAUAUUUUGAUGUUACUUUUCUGGACCCUCUCAAA